GCGGCAGUCCGGCCGCGGGAAGGACCGACAGAGCGACAAGCCUCCUGGAACCUCCGCGGCCAUGGCCGAGCACGCCGCUCGCCGCUGCUGCCUGGGCUGGGACUUCAGCACGCAGCAGGUAAAAGUUGUUGCUGUUGAUGCAGAGCUGAAUGUCUUCUACGAGGACAGUGUGCUUUUUGACAGAGACCUUCUAGAAUUUGGGACUCAGGGUGGAGUUCAUGUUCACGAGGAUGGGCUGACAGUGACUUCUCCAGUCCUGAUGUGGGUCCAGGCUUUGGAUAUCAUCUUGGAGAAGAUGAAGGCUUCGGGCUUUGACUUCUCUCAAGUCCUCGCCUUGUCUGGGGCGGGCCAGCAACAUGGAAGCGUGUACUGGAAGGCUGGGGCCAGCCAGGUGCUGACAAGCUUGUCACCGGACCUCCUGUUGCAUGAGCAGCUGCAGGCCUGUUUCUCCAUCCGUGACUGCCCGGUGUGGAUGGACUCCAGCACCACAGCCCAGUGCCGCCAGCUGGAGGCCACCGUGGGUGGGGCCCAGGCUCUCAGCUGCCUCACCGGGUCCCGCGCCUAUGAGCGAUUUACAGGAAACCAAAUUGCAAAGCUUUACCAGCAGAACCCCGAGGCCUACUCACACACAGAGAGAAUUUCCUUGGUCAGUAGUUUUGCUGCUUCUCUGUUCCUUGGGUCUCACUCUCCUAUUGACUACAGUGACGGUUCUGGAAUGAAUUUGUUGCGGAUCCAGGACAAAGUCUGGUCGCAGGCUUGCCUUGGUGCCUGUGCACCUCACUUAGAGGAGAAGCUCGGCCUGCCGGUGCCGUCAUGCUCGGUUGUGGGGGCCAUUUCUUCCUACUUCGUCCAGCGCUAUGGGUUUCCUCCAGGAUGCAAAGUGGUGGCCUUCACUGGGGACAACCCAGCGUCGCUGGCAGGCAUGAGGCUGGAGGAAGGUGACAUUGCGGUCAGCCUGGGCACCAGCGACACCCUAUUUCUCUGGCUGCAGGAGCCGACGCCCACCCUGGAAGGCCACAUCUUCUGCAACCCGGUUGACCCCCAGCACUACAUGGCCCUCCUUUGCUUUAAAAACGGCUCCCUCAUGAGAGAGAAGAUCCGUGAUGAGUUGGCUUCCAGUUCCUGGAGCGAGUUCUCUAAGGCGCUGCAGUCCACAGAGAUGGGGAACAGCGGAAACCUGGGUUUUUAUUUUGAUGUAAUGGAGAUCACCCCUGAAAUUAUUGGGCGUCAUAGGUUUAGUGCAGAAAACCAUGAGGUCUCAGCAUUCCCCUGGGACGUGGAGAUUCGAGCACUGAUCGAAGGACAGUUCAUGGCCAAGAAGAUUCAUGCCGAGGGCCUGGGCUAUCGAGUCAUGCCUAAGACAAAGAUUUUGGCCACUGGAGGAGCAUCUCACAACAGAGACAUCUUGCAGGUGCUGGCAGAUGUGUUUGGCACCCCAGUGUAUGUCAUAGACACAGCGAACUCAGCCUGUGUGGGCUCUGCUUACCGAGCUUUCCAUGGCCUUGCAGCUGGAACAGAUGUGCCCUUUUCAGAGGUUGUGAAGUUAGCCCCAAAUCCCAGAUUAGCUGCUGCCCCAACCCCGGGAGCGUCUCAGGUCUAUGAGGCCCUCCUCCAGCGGUAUGCCAUGCUUGAGCAGAGAAUCCUGACCCAGACCCGGGGGCCUCCGGAGUGAAUUCCACAGGCCGGCCCAGUCUCACUGAUUCCACUUGUAGACGUGGCCUUGGACAGCAGGGAUCCUCUUCCCUGUUCUAAGCAGCUCUGCCUGCCCACCUGGCUCCUUGUGGUGCUCCAACCUGCCCAGGACCACCUUAAAGCCCACCUUAGGACAUCCUUCUGAACACAGCUUGUGUCCCUGUGCCCUUGUGCCCAGGGCAGGAAAGCAUCUCUCUUCCUGUCUUUUAUCCCAGGAGGCAAGAUAACACUGAGCCUCGGAUAUGUCCAAUAAAAAUUGUGACUUUUUCCCUUUCGGGACCUAAAUCAGCAGAAUGGGAGAGACAAAGCAAAAUAAAUAGAUUCUUUCCUCUUUA